GUUUUUGUUUUCUUUCUCCUCUGGCAGGUUUGGGAAGACUAUGGCCCUUCCAGGGCUUGGGUUCUGCUUUGUUCUGCUUUUGGCAAGUGUCAUUCCUCCAUCCCAGUACGCGCAAGACACGGCUCUGAUUCAGUACAUCAACAGACGCUUCCUGAUACUAGAGCAAGGCCUGGCGAAAUGUCACCAAGAUACACAGGAAUACAUCCAAGAAUUCCAAGAUUUCUCAAAGAAGGUGUCGUUUCUCCUAGGAAGGUGCGGCAUUUAUAAGACCGAGUAUAAAAAAGAACUGGACCAUUUAUUGUCCAGAGUCGAAAGGGCCCAUCGGGAGAUCGAAUACAUAGAAUCCACCAGAGAUUCACCGACGUGCAUAGAAGAGGAUGACAAGAUCGUGGCUCAACAGCUAAUUAAACAAGCAGAAGAAGAGCAAAGAGUCAAGCUCCUUCUUAAUGCAAGCUGUGACGUCAUGUUGGUAGGCGUUAAGUCCCUGAAGGUGGUGAAGAAGUCCGGAGAGCCACAAGGUUCGUGGCUGAAAGACCCCAGAGGUGACCACCAGAAGGUCUAUCUCCUUAGCGGCUCCGACAACAACACCGUCCUGGAAUUCCCCAAUAUGAGGGCAUUCAUGGAAAGCGGCCCCAAGCCAGCCUUCCGGAGGCUCGUGUUGCCCGUCUCCUGGCGAGGGACCGGCCACGCGGUCUACGGGGGCUUCCUCUUCUUCCUCAGCGACGGCCCCGUCAACGAGAUCGUCAAACUCAGCCUCCGGAAGCGGAGCGUGGUCGAUCGGAUGCUGCUCCCCUGGGCCGUCACCCUGGUCGACCUGGCCGUGGAUGAACACGGCCUCUGGGCCAUCCACGCCGAGCCAGACACGCGGGCGAACAUGGUCCUCACCAAGCUGGACCCCGAGAGCCUGUCGGCCGAGGGCAGCUGGAGCACGGGCUGCAGCAGCCGAGAGGUGGAGGCGGUCUUCCUGGUGUGCGGCGUCCUCUACACCGUUCAAGGCCCCAGGGCGGGGAAGCCUCGCCACGUGGGGUGCGUCUUCGACGUCCUGGGCUCGCCCGGCUCGCCCAACGCGGCGGGCCUGGUCUUUCCCGGCCGGUGGCCGGGCCGGGCCGUGAUCCACUACGACCCGCGUGAGAAGCAGCUCUUCGCCUGGCACGACGGCAGCCAGGUCGUCUACAGGCUCCUGAUGGGACCCAAAGCCCACGGAGGCUGAACCCGUCGUGUCUGAGGCGGCCGAUUCUUCCCCCCGUGGCCUGCUGUCGUGGGGUCAACCCAUUGUAGGGCCGGGGAGGAGUAAAAUAAAUACCAGUCAUGAAUAAA